GGCGGCGCGGCGGUGCGGACUGCGCGGCCGAGCAGCGCGGCGCCCAGAGCGCGGGCCGCCCGCCGAGCCCCGCCAAGCCGAGUCCCAGGAGCCGGACCGGAGCGCCGGUCCCAGCGCCCGCAGCCAUGCCGGCCGACCGCGCCGCGCGCACCUGUGCGCUGCUCGCCCUUUGCCUCCUGGGCAGCGCGGCCCAGGAUUUCGGGCCGACGCGCUUCAUCUGCACUUCGGUGCCCGUGGACGCCGACAUGUGCGCCGCGUCCGUGGCCGCCGGCGGCGCCGAGGAGCUCCGGAGCAACGUGCUGCAGCUCCGCGAGACCGUGCUGCAGCAGAAGGAGACCAUCCUGAGCCAGAAGGAGACCAUUCGCGAGCUGACCACCAAGCUGGGCCGCUGCGAGAGCCAGAGCACGCUGGACGCGGGCGCCGGCGAGGCCCGGGCCGGCGGUGGCCGCAAGCAGCCCGGCUCGGGCAAGAACACCAUGGGCGACCUGUCCCGGACGCCGGCCGCCGAGACGCUCAGCCAACUCGGGCAAACUUUGCAGUCGCUCAAAACCCGCCUGGAGAACCUCGAGCAGUACAGCCGGCUCAAUUCCUCCAGCCAGACCAACAGCCUCAAGGAUCUGCUGCAGAGCAAGAUCGAUGACCUGGAGAGGCAGGUGCUGUCUCGGGUGAACACUCUGGAGGAGGGCAAGGGUGGCCCCAAGAACGACUCGGAGGAGAGGCUCAAGAUCGAGAGCGCCCUGACCUCCCUGCACCAGCGGAUCAGCGAGCUGGAGAAAGGUCAGAAGGACAACCGUCCCGGAGACAAGUUCCAGCUCACAUUCCCGCUGCGAACCAACUACAUGUACGCCAAGGUGAAGAAGAGCCUGCCGGAGAUGUACGCCUUCACCGUGUGCAUGUGGCUCAAGUCCAGCGCCGCCCCUGGGGUGGGCACGCCCUUCUCCUACGCCGUGCCGGGCCAGGCGAACGAGCUGGUUCUCAUCGAGUGGGGCAACAAUCCCAUGGAGAUCCUCAUCAACGACAAGGUGGCCAAGCUGCCCUUUGUGAUCAAUGAUGGCCAGUGGCACCAUAUCUGCAUCACCUGGACUACCCGGGACGGGGUCUGGGAAGCCUACCAGGAUGGCACCCAGGGUGGCAAUGGCGAGAACCUGGCACCCUAUCACCCCAUCAAGCCGCAGGGGGUGCUGGUGCUGGGCCAGGAGCAGGACACCCUGGGUGGCGGGUUCGACGCCACCCAAGCAUUCGUGGGUGAGCUGGCCCACUUCAACAUCUGGGACCGCAAGCUGACUCCCGGGGAGGUGUACAGCCUGGCCACCUGCAGCACCAAGGCCCUUUCUGGCAAUGUCAUUGCCUGGGCCGAGUCCCACAUCGAGAUCUACGGGGGAGCCACCAAGUGGACAUUCGAAGCCUGUCGCCAGAUCAACUGA